AUGGGGCCCCCGAGCAAUAGGGGAUCAUGGGGCCCCUGUGUCCAAAAAAGCCUCACUAAUGUAAGAGCAUUCUUCCAAUGAUCACCAAUGUAAGGAAUAUUCUUCCCAAAGGCCACCAAUGUAAGGAGCAUUCCUCCCACCAGGGGCGGACUGACAACUCAUGGGGCCCCCGGGCAAUAGAGGAUCAUGGGGCCCCUGUGUCCUUGCCCACACUCAGAAAAGACUAUAAAAAAGGUACCAGGGGCAUUUCAUGGGGCCCCCUACUGACCCUGGGCCCUCGGGCAGUGCCCAAGUGUUCGAAUGGCCAGUCCACCCCUGCCUCCCACUGACCACCAAUUUAAGGAGCAUU